UAAUUAUUUUCAUUUCUCUUUUUUCAAAUGUUGAAAAGAGUAACAACACUCGGGUUCAAGAGUGUCUUGGCUGUUGCCAUGUUUGCACAAGCUAGCUUUAUUCUGGCACGUAGAGGGCCUGCUGUUGUAACAGCAUUUUCCUUCGCUACAUCGCUUUCCACUCGCUCAUUCGCCGCGGCUUCCAAAGCUUUUGGAGGAAAUGGUGUCCGACAUGCGUUUUGCCCGCGUACAUCGGCGGCCUCAAUGAAAUUGCAAAUGAGUAGUGUCUUGGAUGGAGGCACAGAUCUCAAAGAGAAGAUGAUUGUUAACCACCCCGCAUACGAAAUUUUGCAAGAGGAUUUUAUCGAAGAGUACGGGGCCGCAGCCACUUUGUAUCGCCACAAGAAAUCUGGCGCUGAGUUGCUGAGUGUAUCGACGGAUGACGACAACAAGGUCUUUGGUAUCACUUUCCGCACUCCGCGUAAGUCGAUUUCGGAUUCUAAAUACAUUGGCUUAGUUUGACUGCAAUGAAACAUUGAUCUCAACUUUACUCGUUUUGGAUUGCUAAUUUUUCGAAACUGAAGCCGAGGAUUCCACUGGCGUACCCCACAUUCUCGAGCAUUCAGUCCUUUGCGGAAGCAGAAAGUAUACAACGAAAGAUCCUUUUGUUCAAUUGUUGGCAGGGAGUCUUCAAACAUUUUUGAAUGCGUUUACGUAUCCUGAUCGCACUUGCUACGUCGUGGCAUCUCAGAACAAUAAAGAUUUCUACAAUCUCAUUUCUGGUGAGUGAGAAGCAGACGGUUUUGGGGUUCGCUGUAAUUUUGGAUAGCAUCCAUCUGGAACCCUGUCGUAAUCUAACUCUUUUUCAGUGUAUGCCGAUGCCGUUUUCCAUCCGCGAGCAAUUUCUGAUCCUAUGGUACAUGCCCAGGAAGGUUGGCACUUAGAACUCGAUGACAAGGAGGAUCCUCUUAUCUACAAAGGUGUGGUCUUCAACGAAAUGAAGGGUGUUUACUCAUCCCCAGAUUCACUUUUGAAUCGCGAAUCUCAAAGAUCCUUGUAUCCGGACACAACGUACGGAGUAGACAGUGGUGGCGACCCACGAGUUAUUCCCGAUCUUUCUUUUGAACAAUUUGCUGACUUCCACAAGAAAUUCUACCAUCCAACCAAUUCGCGUAUUUAUUUUUCGGGUGAUGACGAUGUUAAGGCCCGAUUGGAGAUCAUGGACUCGUAUCUCGACGAAUUCGAUUUCUCACCGGAAAGCAAACCAGGAAGUGUUAUCGAAUGGCAGAAGAAGAAGUACACCGAACCUAAGAAGGAAACGCACCCGUAUCCUAUUGGAGAAGACCAACCCGAAACCCACAUGAUGAACAUCAACUGGUUGUUGAAUGAUGAACCUAUGUCGUCCUUUGAUGAGCUGACGAUCGGUAUUUUGGAUCACCUUCUCAUGGGGACCUCGUCGUCGAUUCUUCGCAAAUCUCUUAUGGAAAGUGGUUUUGGAGAGGCGAUCACUGGCGGAGGCCUUUCGGAUGAGCUGCUUCAAGCGACAUUCUCCAUUGGUAUGAAGGGAGUCAAACGUGAGGAUGUACCAAAGCUCGAAAACCUCAUUAUCGAAACUCUUGAAAAGGUCGCUAAGGAAGGAUUCGAAGCUGAUGACAUUGCCUCGUCGAUGAAUACAAUUGAAUUCUCGCUUCGAGAAUUUAACACGGGAUCAUACCCGAAGGGUUUGAGUUUUAUGCUUGGAGCUAUGUCAAAGUGGCUUUACGAUGAGUCGCCUACUGAAGCGCUCAAGUUCGAGAAGCCACUGGCUGAACUGAAGGAAAAGAUUGCGGAUUCCGGUUCAAAAGUUUUCCAAGACAUGGUCGAGAAAAUGUUUAUCAAGAACUCCCACCGAACAACCAUCGAGAUGAAGCCAUCGAAAACCUACGAAAGUGAACUUUUGAAGGAGGAAGAGGACAAGCUGAAGAAUAUCAAGGAAUCAAUGAAUGAUGCCGAAAUUGAGAAAGUAAUUGAGACGACCAAAAAGCUGAAAGAACUUCAAGCGGCUGAAGAUUCUCCAGAGGACCGUGCUACGAUUCCUGCCUUGGAAAUCGAAGAUCUCAAACGCGAAGUUACUGAAUAUCCAAUUGAGGAAACCAAAAACGAAAAUGAUACAGGUAUCACUGUGUUGCGACACGAACUUGGUUCCACUUCCGGAAUCGCAUACGUCAACCUCGCAGUUGAUUUGUCGGCGCUUCCAGUUGACGACAUUCCACUACUACCAUUGAUGACAAGAAUGAUGAUGGAAACUGGUGCAGGGGAAUACGACCAAGUUGCUCUAUCGCGUCGUAUUGGUACCUACACAGGCGGUUUGGGUGUGACUACCCUUACAACAGCAGUGCACCCUGAAGGUUCGAGCCAAAAAACUGUUAUCGAUGGCAACCACCUUCAGUCAAAACUACUUGUAAGAGGAAAGGCAACAAGUGACAAUGUUGGCGAGUUGUUUGCUUUGAUGAAGACGGUCUUGACUGAUGCAAACUUCGACUCACAGUCUCGUGUUGUCGAGAUGCUCAAGGAAACGAAGGCAGGAAUGGAGGCUGGUAUCGGAGCAGGGUAAGAAAUCGUUUAUUCAUGUCAUCGAUUAUCAUCUGUGUUCGCGUAUUGCUAAAUACAUUUUCUUCUUUUUGAAUCAAAACCAGUGGGCACCAAGCCAUCAACACGAGAAUGAAGGCAAGAUACCGAGUCGGGGGAUACAUUGACGAAGUCAUGGGCGGCAUCGCACAACUGGAUACGGUCCGCUCGCUAUUGGAUCAGGCGCAGAACGACUGGCCGUCUUUGUUGGCACGGCUAGAGAACAUGAGAAGCACCAUUUUGAAUGAAAAUAUUUGCAGGGAUGGUAUGGUUUUGGAUAUUACUGGUGACAAAGUUGUUCUCGAAAAAGUUCAACCAUCGGUAGAUCAAUUCUUGACUGAUUUGCCAGGAAAGAGCGAUGGCGAAAAACUUCCCAACUUUUACAAGGAUGAGCAUCCUUGGGUUGCCCCCAUCAAGAAGCUAAUGAAUGAGUUAGUACCAAUCAAAGACGAGGGAUUCGUUUUACCCACUCAAGUUUCAUAUGUUGGAAAAAGUGGACUUUUGUAUGACAAUGAUGAAGAAUCAAGUGGAUCAGCUCAAGUUGUUUCGAAGUUUUUGAAAACUGGAGUAAGCAUUAGUGCACUAAUCGUCCAGGAGUUUUUGCAUGUCCUUCAAGACACCAUUCCUCACACUUAUUCUCUGAUGACAAAAUUUCUAUAGUAUCUUUGGGAUCACGUAAGAGUGAUGGGUGGAGCAUAUGGUGGUUUCUGUACAUUUUCUCCAUUUUCUGGUUUCUUUUCUUACUUGAGUUACCGGGAUCCCAACCUAUCGAAGACACUUGACAUUUAUGAUGCAGCAGGAGAUGCAGUUCUUUCGGCAGCAGAACAAAUGAAAAAUGAUCCCGACAUGCUGUCGCAAGCGAUCAUCGGGACGAUCGGCGAAAUCGACGGAUCGCUCAGCCCUGACACAAAAGGUUUCGUCUCCUUCCAGAGAUGGUUGGUCAACGAGAGCCCCGAGACCCGUCAAAGGCAGCGAGAUCAAAUUAUUGACACCAAACCUGAAGACUUCGAAGCUUUUGGUAACCGCUUGAAGAAUAUGAAAGAUGCAUCGUGUGCAGUUGUCAGUUCUCAGUCGGGCUUCGAGGCCGCAGAGAAAGACGGCAAAAAGUUCAUCUUGAAAACUAUCGUCUAAAAUGAAGCUAUGUUGUUGAAAAAUAUUUUCUGCAACUGGUAUCUAUUCAGUUUUCUUUAACARCAGACAUUUUUCAACCAAACCAUGUACAGAAAGUGAUUUCUGAACAAUUUAGAAAGUACAAGUAGUACGGUAGUAAUAAAUUUCUUCGCAAAAC